UAUAAUUAGGAAUUAAUUUUUCAUAUCUCUUAAAAACGUGCAGAUAAAAAUUUGACAAGGUUUUUUAUGACAAAAACCAAGAGACAUUGUUGAAGAUAAGUGUCAUGGUGAAAGUCCAACUUUUGAAAUGGCAAAAUUGUCUAUCAUCUUUUUUACUUUUGCUAAUAGACAAACCACACGUCAAUAGUUUUGAGCAAUCUUAUCAAAAAAGAAAAAAAAAUUAAGAAAACAACAGAAACUGGACUGGAUUGCUUUCCAAGGUGUCUGAAUUUCAUCGGAUGAUAAUUUUUUUGUUGGCGUUGAUUUUUUUUUCAUUUUGAUGCUAAGCGAGAGAUAAGAUAAUUUCUGUGGCACGCACAAUAUGCGCAAAUAAUCAAUCUCCGUUCUGUGGUCAAGGAGGAGCAUGUUGUAGCCCACUGUGACACAAUGGAGCGCGAUGAAAAGGUGACUUUUGCCGCAGAUAAGAUCUGUGUCGAUUUGCGUUGCUCUGAGCUACUUGAGUCGCGCACGAAAGCCAAUCACUUUGUGAAAAGUGCUCGGAGAGUAGCACUUUAUAUCGCCACGAGAUAACAAUGAAAACAGCACUUUGGCCGAGCACCGGGCGCCCCAGCAGCCCAAGUCACUCCGAGCCGCUCGCUUAGAUAAGCUAUGCGAAAAUUCGCCGCUGGUUUUAUUGCGUGUUUUGUGUUCAACGCCGUUUGCUGUGCCGCCGACUUACCACAAUGCAAGGUCCUGGACGUCAAGGCGAUCGGCACCAUCUUCUCGAACGCGGGGCAUAUCCUGCAAAGUCACACCGCCGAAAUGCCCAGCGUGCCGUGUCCUGCGAACCAGACCAUCGUCGGCGUUUCUGGCUGCUCCUACUGCACCCUGACUGAGAUAAUAGCCUGUCUGGGGUCGUCGGUGACCUCCCUGCCGUCGCCCAGCGAGCUGCCAGCGAUCGUUUCGGCGCUGCACGUGUCCGCGUCACUAAUUCAGAUUAUUUACAAGAGAGCGUUUUACGGCAAGUACAUUGGCGAAAUCCACAUCGAGGAAAAUCACCUCGCUCUGAUCAACCAGGACGCCUUCGAAGGGGUGGAAGGCGUGCGCUACUUGAGCCUGGCGAAAAACGGACUCUGCAUCCUGAUUCCGCAGAUGUUCUAUCACUUGAAGGAAUUGCAAACUUUGAUUUUGGACGAUAACAAUUUGGAGUUGAACGAAGGCUAUUUUGAGGACCAUAACAUAAUCAGCGAAAAGUAUCUCACGAAAUUGGAACGCAUGAGUUUUCAAAAUAACCCAAUAAAGGUCCUUCCCAGCAACUCCUUCAAAUGGUUAAAAAACAGCCAACUGUCUUAUUUGUCGUUGAAAGGAACAAAAAUCGUCUCAGUCCAUCAAAAGAGCUUUCAGUCAAUUAAAAAGUCAUUGAAGGAGCUUGAACUGGCCGAUAGUGCGAACGUCGAGAAUAUUAUUUACAAUAUUACAACUGGCCUAGAAGGAGGUGUAAUUGAGUACCUGGGACUCAGCUCAACAGGGCUGAUGCAAAUUCCCAAAGAUGCCCUGAAUCUAGUUUCGCCGACGCUGUUAGGAUUGGCCCUUCAGGGUAAUACUUUUCACCGACUGGACAGCUCAUCCUUUCCUCCACUUCCCUCAUUGGUUACCUUGGACUUGCGAAGGUGCGCUAUUUUGACGCUGGCAGACGGUGCUUUCAACGGCCUGAAAUCGCUGACAAAUCUAUACCUGUCCGGAAACCGUUUGAAAAUCAUCUCCAAGCCGUUUAAUGUUUUGAAUAACUUGCAGUUUUUGGACCUCAGUAACAACCCCGAUCCGAUUCUUAGUACCGAGAGCGCCGUGUACAACAUCCGAAAGGGCACAUUUAAAGGGCUUGAAAAGCUGGAGGUGCUCAAUUUGGCCCAUUCCCGAGUGAAAUUUAUAGAUAAAAACGUUUUUGAGGAUACGCCAAACCUAUCCACCCUCUCACUGUGCGACACCUACAUAAACUUGGAAACUGAGUUUUUGCAUUACUUGCCAAAUUUGGUUCUUCUGGACCUCAGCAACAAUGACAAUUUUGAUUUCAAGCCGGAGUUAUUCAAGGGACUCUCUAAACUGCGGAGUUUGCGUCUCAUUAACUGCGAAAUUGAAUCAUUCGAGGAGGACGUUGACUAUUUCGAACACAUGACCAACCUGACUGAGCUCUACAUGUCGCACAACAAAAUUUCAAUUAUUCCCCGCACAAUGUUCCGCUCUCUGCCGCAUCUGCGGUCACUUUUUUUGGAAAACAAUUUGAUCGACUCUUGGACGACGGCAAUUUUUGAAAACAAUACCGAGCUGAUUCAAAUCUACAUUGACAACAAUCAAAUUUGUUAUUUGACUAACGAAACUACCUCUGAGCUUUUGAAAAUGAGGCACAUCUCCUUUGAGUACAACCCUCUCAUUUGCGACUGCAACCUGCACAGUUUCAUCCGACAACUCACAGACUCUGACAUCAAAGUUAAUCACUGGAUGGAAAACUUAAAUGGCUACACGUGCUACGACCCUAGCUUAAAAUUGGACUUUCUUAUUAACCGGCUGCCAGCUAUGAAUUGCUCCCGCACUUCUGCCCCCUCGGUGCCUGAAGAUCAGAUUGACAAUUUAGUGGCAAUCGUCAGCAGUGCCUCAGUGGGCGCAAUUUGCAUAGUUAUAAUGGCCACCUCCAUCGUUCUUUAUAAAAAACGCAAAAACUUGCGAUUUUUCGGAAUCAUGGUGAAAAACGCCAUAUCAGUUGCGUUACAAGAAGAUGACAAGGAAGAUCAAGAGAUCAUUUACAUUUACGACGUUUUUGUCUCCUAUUGCGACUCUGACAGGGACUGGGUCAUUCAGAAACUGCUGCCUUCUCUGGAGCGAGAAAACCAACUCAGGGUGUGUCUGCACGAAAGAGACUUCCAGCCCGGCUACGGAAUUUUAGACAACAUUGUCCACUGCAUCGACAAAAGCCGCUCACUAAUAAUUGUCGUGUCAAAAAAGUCCCUGAAAAGUCAGUGGUGCCAAUUUGAGAUGCACCUGGCCCAGCACAGAUUCAUUGAGGCGCGGAAGGAGCAGCUCAUUUUGGUGCUCAUGGACGAGCUUCCGAGAAGCCAACGACCGAGGACUUUGCAUUAUCUGAUGGCGACAAGGACAUUCCUUUUGUGGGACGAGAAACAAAGUGAUUUGUUUUGGAAGAGACUAAAGCGCGUGUUACUCAUGGACAAAAGUAGGACAGUUUCAAUCGUAUGAUAUUUUUAAUAUAAUGCGCAAUCGGCGUAAAUCCCCAAAGUGCCAGUCAUCAAAGUAUAUUAUUCACGUAUAUCUUGUGUAUAGUUAUCAUAACAUAAUCGCAAUCAUUUAAUUUUCCUGAUGUACCAGGUGUUUUCAUUUUUGAUAAAAAGUACAAAAUCAGUGCAUAUUAAUAAAGAUCAUUUAUCAUUUUAUAAUCGCUUGUGAUUUUAUUUA